AGUACCCGCACCGCCGCCAUUUUUUAUGAGGGCAUAUUCCAUUUCUGAUUAUACACCCGCUGCCAUCGGCACCGUUAGUUUCCAUGCUCUCUAGUGCGCCCUCGGGGGGCCCUAGAGACCUUCCUCCUUCCCUUGGGCCUGGCCGCGUAGGCUUUCUCGGACGCAGGAGGUUCCGAAGGCCCAGGCCAGGCCAAGGGGAGGCAGCCGAUCCGUAGUCGGGGUUGACAGUCACCAUGGUGCCGCCUCUGGCCCCACUCCCUCCCCGGGACUCAAAUGGGGCCGGACCCGAGUGGAGGGAGCCAGGGAUUGUGAGCUUCGCGGACGUGGCCGUGUACUUCUGCCGGGAGGAGUGGGGCUGCUUGCGACCCGCGCAGAGGGCCCUGUACCGGGACGUGAUGCGGGAGACCUACGGCCACCUGAGCGCGCUCGGAAUCGGAGGCAACAAGCCAGCUCUCAUCUCCUGGGUGGAGGAGGAGGCCGAACUGUGGGGCCCCGCUGCCCGGGAUCCGGAGACGAAAUGUCCGACAGAAACGGACCCAGCAGAUUCCAGAAACAAGGAAGAGGAAAGACAAAGGGAAGGGAUGGGAGCCCUGGAGAAGCCUGUCCCUGUGGCCACCGGGUCUCCUGGACUGAAGGCUCCCCAAGCCCCCUUGGCCGGGCCCCCUUAUGGUUGGGAGCAGCCGUCCAAGGCACCGCACCGAGGACGCCCCUCGCUCUGUGCCCACCCCCCUGUCCCCCGAGCGGACCAGCGUCACGGCUGCUACGUGUGCGGGAAGAGCUUCGCCUGGCGCUCCACACUGGUGGAGCACGUCUACAGCCACACUGGCGAGAAACCCUUCCACUGCACUGACUGCGGCAAGGGUUUCGGCCACGCUUCCUCCCUGAGCAAACACCGGGCCAUCCAUCGCGGGGAGCGGCCUCACCGCUGUCCCGAGUGUGGCCGGGCCUUCACGCAGCGCUCAGCACUGACUUCGCACCUGCGCGUCCACACCGGUGAGAAGCCCUAUGGCUGCGCCGACUGUGGCCGCCGCUUCAGCCAGAGCUCUGCCCUCUACCAGCACCGGCGUGUGCACAGCGGCGAGACCCCCUUCCCCUGCCCGGACUGUGGCCGCGCCUUCGCCUACCCCUCGGACCUACGGCGCCACGUGCGCACCCACACCGGCGAGAAGCCCUACCAGUGCCCGGACUGCGGGCGCUGCUUCCGCCAGAGCUCAGAGAUGGCAGCCCACAGGCGCACCCACAGCGGCGAGAAGCCCUACCCCUGCCCGCAGUGUGGCCGCCGCUUCGGCCAGAAAUCAGCAGUGGCCAAGCACCAGUGGGUUCAUAGGCCUGGGGCCAGGGGCCACAGGGGCCGGGUCACUGGGGGUCUGCCUAUGACCCUGACCCCUGGCCCUGGAGAUCUGGAACCGCCCGUGGGCUUCCAGCUGUACCCAGAGAUAUUCCAGGAGUGUGGGUGACGGCCUUAAAGGUGACUAUCUAGACAUAACAGAGGCCUGAGAUGGGCUCAGGGGCCCGAACCUCUGCGGCGGCCUGCAGGGAGGUCCCAGAAUCUACAAGACCUGGCCCUGGGGUGCGGACAGUCUGAUCUUGGACCCUCAGCAGCCUCCUCUGCCAGCACCUUGCUCUCAACUGCCCAGGGGUCUCGAAGGCCCCCUUUACUGAGGCAGGGCUGAGGUGAGAACCCCCAGACCUACAUAAGGGGAACCAAAAGGUGUUUCUCAGCCCAGAGAUGCUAAAAGCACUGAGGUAGAGGAGAACCUUGUUUUACCCAUUGUUUUUUUAAAAAAAUUUUAAAUUAUUUUUUAUUCUUGUGACCCUCCCAGAACACAAUACUCAUUGUCUUAUUUAUUUAUUUAUUUAUUUAUUUAUGUAUUUAUUUAUUUAUUUAUUUUUGAGACAGCUUCCUGGCCUGUCACCCAGGCUGGAGUGCAGUGGUGUGAACAGGGCUAACUGUAGCGUCAACCUGCUGUGCUCAACGAAUCCUCUCCCCUUAGCCUUCCAAAUAUCUGAGACUACAGGCGGGCAACACUACCUCCAGCUAAGUUUUAAAUUUUACAUAGAGAUGAGGUUCUCACUGUUGUCCAGGCUGGUCUCAAACUCCUUGGCUGAAGCAAUCCUGCCAUCUCGGGCUCCCAAACUGCUGGGAUUACAGGCGUGAGCCACCACCAUGCCUGGCUCCCAUUGUCUUUGUGUGUGUGUG